AUGCAGGGAUAUACACACAAUGGGCCUGUUAAUUGCAUCGAGCCAUUUGACGUGGAUUUACUCAAGGGGAAGACCGCAAUCGUUACAGGAGGCGCCAAUGGCCUAGGCGAAGCCUAUGUUCGUGCUUUGGUUACUGCAGGAGCCAGAGUUUGCAUUGGUGAUUCCGAUGAAGAGAAGGGAAGGAAGUUAGAAGAAGAGCUUGAUGGUCUAUUUCAAAGGGUCAAGUUUAUCUCCUGCGAUAUCACCAAUUGGGAUGAUCAGCUCCAGCUUUUCCAAGAGGCUAUACUUUUUUCCGAAACACAAACGAUCUCGCACGUCAUCGCAAACGCCGGCAUUCAUCGCCCCGAUGAUGUUUUUUCGUAUUCUGGAGAUCACCAGGAGCCGAAAAAACCUGACUUGAGCGUUGUUGAUGUCAACAUCAGAGGUACUUUGUAUACCGCCAAAUUAGCCGCGCACUAUUUCAUCCGGCAAAAUGGCACGCAAAAUUCACCCGAGCAAAAGGAUACGUCCUUGACUUUGAUUGGAUCAGGAGCAGCCUUUUUGGAUUGUCCGCGGGCGCCUCAAUAUUGUGCGAGCAAGUGGGCCAUGCGUGGAAUUAUGCAUUCAUUGAGAAGAACAGCUUUCUUCUAUGGCAGUCGGGUCAACGUCAUCUCCCCAUGGUAUGUGAAAACAAACAUUCUAUCAAACGAUGCUUUCAUGCAUGUUUCCAGUGUCGGGGUACAAUUUGCACAGGCAGAAGAUGCCGCUCAAUGUCUGUUGAGAAUUCUCAGCGACAGAAAUAUCAAUGGGCAUUCCUUCUUCGUCUCAGGAAGGAAAUGGGCUUCCAGCGGAUACAUGGACCUGGAUCUGGAGGACUAUCCUAACAAUGCGUUGCUCCGUGAGAUCCAAGAAGACCAAAUCAAAUCGGCUCCUGUUGAGCUUGGGUUAUUUGUAUGA